AGGAAAGAGGGUGGGGAAGGAAGGGAAAGCAGUAGUCGCCGUUCUCCAUUGGAGCCAAAACUUGCAGCCUCUCAAUUUUCCCGAGAAAGUGACAGAAAAUAAUGCUUCAACAAAGCUCAAUGGCAGUGUUUUCGAGCUCCACGGAACCAGUUUUUGCUUUCAGGCCAUCUCAGUUUAGUUCUCAGCCAGCAACACCUCCCUCAUUCGGCUUCUUCUUUAAGUUCGACGCCGCCGUCAUGACCCACCACCGCUACCGUCGCCUCCGACACUCUUCUUCGUCUUCAAAGCUCUCCGUUCCCAUCCUCGCUUGUCGCGCCUCACGUGACUCUCACGAGACUGACUCCUCUUGCAGGAAGGAUGAUGCUCAUCUGGUUCAUGGAUUAUCCGAAACGAUUGUUGGUGUAUUAGGAGGAGGCCAAUUGGGUCGUAUGUUAUGCCAAGCUGCUUCCAAGAUGGCCAUUAAAGUCAUGGUUUUGGACCCUUCAGAGAAUUGCCCAGCCAGUGCCGUUGCUUAUGAUCACAUGGUGGGCAGCUUUGAUGACAGUGAUACUGUUCAAGAAUUUGCCAAAAGAUGUGGAGUUUUGACAGUCGAAAUCGAACAUGUCGAUGCCUCCACUCUUGAGAAGCUUGAACAACAGGGAGUGGAUUGUGAACCUAGAGCUUCUACCAUUCGAAUUAUCCAAGAUAAAUAUCUCCAGAAAGUUCAUUUUUCAAGGCAUGAUAUUCCACUUCCUGAGUUUAUGGAGAUUGAUGAUCUAGAAGGAGCCAAGAAAGCAGGUGUACAAUUUAGCUAUCCUCUUAUGAUUAAGAGCAAGAGAUUAGCCUAUGAUGGGCGAGGAAAUGCUGUGGCAAAGAGUGAAGAGGAGCUUUCUUCUGCCAUAGAUGCUCUUGGUGGAUUUGGCCGUGGUUUGUAUGUUGAGAAAUGGGCUCCUUUCGUAAAGGAGUUGGCUGUCAUAGUAGCAAGAGGAAGAGAUAGCUCUAUCCUCUGUUAUCCGGUUGUCGAAACUAUUCACAAGGAAAACGUAUGUCAUAUUGUUAAGGCACCUGCUGAUGUGCCAUGGAGGGUCAGAAAACUUGCCAACGAUGUUGCACACAAAGCUAUGAGUUCGUUAGAAGGGGCUGGUGUCUUUGCAGUGGAGUUGUUUUUGACGAUGGACGGUCAGAUUCUACUGAAUGAAGUAGCUCCAAGACCUCAUAAUAGUGGCCAUCACACGAUUGAGUCCUGUUAUACAUCACAGUAUGAACAGCAUUUGCGGGCUGUUGUCGGUCUCCCUCUCGGUAAUACAUCCAUGAAAACUCCAGCUGCUAUCAUGUACAAUUUACUGGGUGAGGAUGAUGGGGAGCCAGGUUUCAAAAUGGCAAAUCAAACAAUAGCCAGGGCACUGGAGAUUCCAGGGGCUACUGUUCAUUGGUACGAUAAGCCAGAUAUGAGAAAGCAAAGGAAGAUGGGUCAUAUAACUCUUGUUGGCACUUCUGUUGGUGUUUUAGAAGCACGGCUGAAAUCGAUGCUGAAGGAAGAAGGUUAUGAAAAUCCGAAUGAAGUUGCACCACGUGUUGGGAUUGUGAUGGGUUCGGAUUCUGAUCUUUCAGUUAUGAAGGAUGCAGCAAGAAUCCUAAAUAUGUUCGGGGUGUCUAAUGAGGUUCGGAUUGUUUCGGCACACAGGACCCCUGAACUGAUGUACACUUAUGCCUGCUCCGCUCGGGAGCGAGGCAUUCAGGUUAUCAUCGCCGGUGCUGGUGGUGCAGCUCACUUACCAGGUAUGGUAGCUGCACUUACACCUUUACCUGUUAUCGGUGUUCCAGUUCGUGCUUCUACACUGGACGGAAUAGAUUCGCUCUUAUCAAUCGUGCAGAUGCCAAGGGGUGUUCCGGUCGCGACGGUUGCUGUAAACAAUGCAACAAAUGCAGGAUUGCUGGCGGUAAGGAUUUUGGGAGCCGGUGAUACUGAUCUAUGGACAAGAAUGAAUCAGUAUCAAGAAGACACGAGGGACUUUGUCUUGUCAAAAGCCGACAAGCUACGAAAAGACGGUUGGGAAGCUUAUUUAAACCAGUAAGAGUAGCAAAGAACUCGAUUUUCUGCAAUUCCUUGAGGAAAUUAACCAUAAACAAAUGAAUAUCAAAUAACAAACUCCUGCGUUUCUACUUGAGACAUCAUAUCUACAGUCUGUCCAAAACAAGUUGGAAAAAUAACAGAAAAUACAAGAAUUGAUUGAGGGAGGGUUACUUUUGUUGUAGUAAGAUGAUUCUUUUCUCAUCUCUGAUCCAGUUAA